AUGUGCCGAGAACGCCCCCAUCUGUUGAACUGUCAGAUUUUGAAGCUUGUCAUGCGUGCGCUUGGCUUCGAUCCUCGUAAUGCUCAGAUCGAUCAAAUGACUAUGAGAUUCAGAGAAAUGCAGAGAACUAAGGUGGGAGGUCAUCAGGAAGUUGAUCAUAUGGACGUUGAUGAGUUCCUUGAGAUUUUAAAGGAAGAUAGUGGAGAGAAGGAUGAAACAGCUGAUGAGAUGCGUAGUGCGUUCAAAUUGUUCGACAAGGAAGGCAAAGGAUGGAUCACGGCCGAGAACCUUAGACAGGUCGCAAAAGAACUUGGUGAGAACUUGAGUGAGGAAGACUUGGAGGAAAUGAUAAAGGAAGCGAGUAAGGAUGCUGAGGGACGCGUUGCUGAAGCCGACUUUUUUGCUAUUAUGAAAAGAACAUGUCUCUAUUGA